AUUGUACUGUUUCAGUAAUUGAUGACGCCUUGUGUGAACAAAGGCUUUGGGACUUGAAAUACAAAGGCGUGAAGGAUUUCUAUAUGUGUGAAAUUGGGAAGGAUUUUACAAUUGAUGCUACGUUCAAGGGAAAUUUAUCUCGAUUCUUAAAUCACAGCUGUGAUCCCAACUGUAUCUUGGAAAAAUGGCAAGUUGAAGGGGAGACUCGUGUAGGCGUAUUUGCUGCUCAAUCGAUAGAACCGGGAGAACCACUUACAUAUGACUACAGAUAUGUGCAAUUUGGACCAGAGGUGAAGUGCCACUGCGGGGCUAAAAAUUGUCAAGGCUAUCUCGGGACCAAAAAGAAAGUCAAUAACUCGGAACUUUGCUGCUGGGGUUCAAAGCGCAGGAGAUCCACGGUUCGCUUGCCUAAACCCAAACCCCCUACUGUAUGAUGUAAUUACAUCAAUAUAAUUUUAUACUCCUACUCAAGAAACUCAUCUUCAAUAAAAUCAAAUAAAAAAAGGAAAAAAAUAUAGAAAACACAAGUCACCCUCUUGUUCUUUUACCUCAUUUUCAUUCUUA